AUGCAGCUGCUCAGGCUCCUUGGCCUCCUCUGGAUGCUCAGGGCCUCCCCAGUGGUCACAGGAACUUUAUCCAUGGCCACAUCCACACCUGGCAUGCUGCUUCCCAGUGCAGAAGCAGCCCACACCACUUUCAGCACUGCCCCACCCUCCAAAGGCACAGCAGGGUGGCCAUUUGGAACCCCCCCCAUCUCUUCUCCUGCUCCCAGCAACAGGGCAAACAUACCUAUGACUCUCACGAAGUCCCUCCAUUAUAAACCCACUUUUGAAACAUUGCUCAAAUCUCCAAUCACUUCCAACACCUCAUCAAUCCCAACAUCCAAGUUUGUCAUCAAGGUUGAAACCAUGCCACCCACCACCCAUCUUUUUCUGUACGGCACCAAUGAGUGCAUAAAUCCAACAAGCUUUAUAAUCACGACCACCUAUCCCACCACCACCUGUGUGACUGUGACCCAUGUGUCCUUCACCAGCUCCUACACCACCACUUACCCUAUUAUCACUACUGAGAAAGUGAUCUCAGCCAUGACCUCUUCUCUCACUACAGCCACUAUGGAGAAAACUCCCACAAUGACAGCCCCAUCUUCCUCCUCCCAGGAGAAUUUCAUCUCCGACACCUAUCCCGACUACAAGGAUGUUCAGCAAUGGGACAACAAACAACAGAGCUUUAACAAGAUUGAAGACAACACUGCCUACGACCAGGGCCAGCCAUCUACAAAAACAGCCACCACUGCUGUCACUGAUCCGGUGACAACACCCAAUGUGACUACAUCAUACAGCCCUCCAAGCUUCACUUCUUCAAACACCCACUCCAUUUCCAGCACCCCCAUGACGGCCCUCAGCUCACCUCCUUCCACCCCAGACACAAUGACCACUACUCUGACAGUCACUUCCUCCGUCACUCCCACGCCUUCAGUCACUUUGGACACAACCACCACGUCUCCCUCUGGCACCACCCAUGUUUUCACGUCACCUCAGGAUACAAUUUCAUCUUCCACACUUGUCCCGAGUACAGAAACCGUUGCCACUGGUACCACAUACUCCACCCCUUUACCCACCACGGUGACCGCACUCACUACUACCAGUACCUGGCCGACCUCUACUUCUGAGACCACUUACCCCACUCCUCCUAGUACUGCUCUGACACGGUCCACAACUGAAAUCACCACUGCCACCAUGACAAUGCACACACCUGUCACUGCCACCACUCCCACGCCCACCUCCCUCUAUCAGCCAUCUACAGAAACAGCCACCACUUCUGUCACUGACCAGGUAACAACAGUCACCCAGUCCACGUCACACAGCACUCCCAGCUUCAGUUCUCCAAACACCCACUCCUCCAUAUCCGGCACCCCCACGACAGCCGUCAGCUCAGUUCCUUCCACCUCAGGUACCUUGUUGACAAGCACAGCCGUUACUCCCUCAUCUCUUAGUACACACGUGGCUACCACAACACUCACAGCUGUCACCCACUUACCUGUAGGCACCUCUCAGUUCUUGACGACGAAGACAGACCUCCCCUCAGCACACACAGCCUCCAGUCCAUUUUCAAUGUCCACAAGUAUUGUUCCACCUUCCCCCGCAACAGAGAUAACGGAGCCCUCAUCCCAUGUUAGCACACGCCCUGCCAACACUGCCACUGUGAGCUCUACUCUCACAAGUACUGACAGUCCUGAGACCAGCACCCUCUUGACUAGCUUUCCAGUGACAUCUGCAUUCUCCUCUUCCGCAUCUGCCAGCAGCACCAGGACCACUGACACAGAGAGCUUCCCCUCAGCUCCAGCCAUCACCGAUACCCUCUGCACAACAGGGAAAUCCACCCUGACUCCCACCAGCAGAGACUUUCUAACCACAUCCGCAUCCACAGAACCGCCUACACCCACUCCAACUGCCACUGCAACCAACCAGAUGACCUCUCCUACCCCCGGUGACACGUCCACUGGGGAAACCACAUGGCCUGCUACCCCUGACGUUUCUACCAAAUCUCUCUCAGACACAAUGUCCACUACUCCGACAGUCACUUCCUCAGUCACUCCCACGCGUUCGGUGACUUCAGGGACAAACACCACCUCUCCUCCUAGCACAACCGACGCUUUCACAUCCCUCACGAGUAGAAUUUCAUCUUCUAGACCUGUCCUGAGUACAGAAAUCGUCACCACCGGGACCACAGUAACCUCCCCUUUACCCAGCUUGACGACCACACUGCCUAUGAGCAGUGCCAGGUCAAUCCCUGCAUCUGACACCACCUACCCCACUCCUCCUAGUACUGCUCUGACACAGUCCACAACUGAAAUCACCACUGCCACCAUGGCGAUGCACACACCUGCCACUGCCACCACUCCCACGCCCACCUCCCUCUAUCAGCCCUCUACAGAAACAGCCACCACUACUGUCACUGACCAGGUAACAACAGUCACCCUGUCCACAUCACACAGCACUCCCAGCUUCAGUUCUCCAAACACCCACUCCAUGUCCGGCACCCCCACGACGGCCCUAGGCUCACCUCCUUCCACCCCAGGAUACAAUUUCAUCUUCCACACUUGUCCCGAGUACAGAAACCGUUGCCACUGUACUGCUCUGACACGGUCCACAACUGAAAUCACUAUUGCCACCAUGACAAUGCACACACCUGUCACUGCCACCACUCCCAUGCCCACUUCCAUCUAUCAGCCAACUAUGGAAACAGCCAACACUGCCAUCAUUGAUCCGGUGACAACACCUAAUGUGACUACAUCAUACAGUCCUCCAAGCUUCACUUCUUCAAACACCCACUCCAUAUCCAGCACCCCCACGACGGCCGUCAGCUCACUUCCUUCCACCUCAGGUACGUUGAUGACGAGCACAGCCAUGACUCCAUCCUCUCUAAGUACACACGUGGCUACCACAACACUCACAGCUGUCACGCCCUUAUCUGUAGGCACCUCUCAGUUCUUGACGAUGAAGACAGACCUCCCCACAGCACACGCAGCCUCCAGUCCAUUUUCAAUGUCCACAAGUAUCGUUCCACCUUCCCCCGCAACAGAGAUAACGGAGACCUCAUCCCAUGUUAGCACACGCCCUGCCAGCACUGCCACUGUGAGCACUACUCUCACAAGUACUGACAGCACUGAGACCAGCACCCUCUUGACUAGCUUUCCAGUGACAUCUGCAUUCUCCUCUUCCGCAUCUGCCAGCAGCACCAGGACCACUGACACAGAGAGCUUCCCCUCAGCUCCAGCCAUCACCGAUACACUCCGCACAACAGGGAAAUCCACCCUGACUCCCACCAGCAGAGACUUUCUAACCACAUCCACAUCCACAGAACCGCCUACAACCACUCCAACUGCCACUGCAAACAACCAGAUGACUUCUCCUACCCCCAGUGACACGUCCACUGGGGAAACCACAUGGCCUCCUACCCCUGACGUUUCUACCGAAUCUCUCUCAGACACAAUGACCACUACUCCGACAGUCACUUCCUCAGUCACUCCCACGCAUUCGGUGACUUCAGGGACAAACACCACCUCUCCUCCUAGCACAACGGACGCUUUCACGUCCCUCACGAGUAGAAUUUCAUCUUCUAGACCUGUCCCGAGUACAGAAAUCGUCACCACCCGGCCCACAAACACCUCCCCUUUACCCAGCUUGAUGACCACACUGCCUACGACCAAUGCCAGGUCAAUCCCUGCGUCUGACACCACCUACCCCACUCCUCCUAGUACUGCUCUGACACAGUCCACAACUGAAAUCACCACUGCCACCAUGACAAUACACACACCUGCCACUCCCACCACUCCCACGCCCACCUCCCUCUAUCAGCCUUCUACAGAAACAGCCACCACUUCUGUCACUGACCAGGUAACAACAGUCACCCAGUCCACGUCACACAGCACUCCCAGCUUCAGUUCUCCAAACACCCACUCCAUAUCCAGCACCACCACGACGGCGCUCAGCUCACCUCCUUCCACCCCAGAACUGCCUACACCCACUCCAACUGCCACUGCAACCAACCGGAUGACUUCUCCUACCCCCAGUGACACGUCCACUGGGGAAACCACAUGGCCUCCUACCCCUGACGUUUCUACCGAAUCUCUCUCAGACACAAUGACCACUACUCCGACAGUCACUUCCUCCGUCACUCCCACGCCUUCAGUCACUUUGGACACAACCACCACGUCUCCCUCCGGCACCACCUAUGUUUUCACGUCACCUCAGGAUCCAAUUUCAUCUGACACACUUGUCCCUAGUACAGAAACAGUUGCCACUGGUACCACAUACUCCACCCUUUUACCCACCACGGUGACCGCACUCACUACUACCAGUGCCAGGCCGACCUCUACUUCUGAGACCUCUUACCCCACUCCUCCUAGUACUGCUCUGACACGGUCCACAACUGAAAUCACCACUGCCACCAUGACAAUGCACACACCUGUCACUGCCACCACUCCCAUGCCCACUUCCAUCUAUCAAGCAACUGUGGAAACAGCCAACACUGCCGUCACUGAUCCAGUGACAACACCUAAUGUGACUACAUCAUACAGUCCUCCAAGCUUCACUUCUUCAAACACCCACUCCAUAUCCGGCACCCCCACGACAGCCGUCAGCUCAGUUCCUUCCACCUCAGGUACCUUGUUGACAAGCACAGCCGUUACUCCCUCAUCUCUUAGUACACACGUGGCUACCACAACACUCACAGCUGUCACCCACUUACCUGUAGGCACCUCUCAGUUCUUGACGACGAAGACAGACCUCCCCUCAGCACACACAGCCUCCAGUCCAUUUUCAAUGUCCACAAGUAUUGUUCCACCUUCCCCCGCAACAGAGAUAACGGAGCCCUCAUCCCAUGUUAGCACACGCCCUGCCAACACUGCCACUGUGAGCUCUACUCUCACAAGUACUGACAGUCCUGAGACCAGCACCCUAUUGACUAGCUUUCCCGUGACAUCUGCAUUCUCCUCUUCCGCAUCGGCCAGUAGCACCAGGACCACUGACACAGAGAGCUUCCCCUCAGCUCCAGCCAUCACCGAUACCCUCUGCACAACAGGGAAAUCCACCCUGACUCCCACCAGCAGAGACUUUCUAACCACAUCCGCAGCCACAGAACCGCCUACACCCACUCCAACUGCCACUGCAACCAACCAGAUGACCUCUCCUACCCCCGGUGACACGUCCACUGGGGAAACCACAUGGCCUGCUACCCCUGACGUUUCUACCAAAUCUCUCUCAGACACAAUGUCCACUACUCCGACAGUCACUUCCUCAGUCACUCCCACGCGUUCGGUGACUUCAGGGACAAACACCACCUCUCCUCCUAGCACAACCGACGCUUUCACAUCCCUCACGAGUAGAAUUUCAUCUUCUAGACCUGUCCCGAGUACAGAAAUCGUCACCACCGGGACCACAGUAACCUCCCCUUUACCCAGCUUGACGACCACACUGCCUAUGAGCAGUGCCAGGUCAAUCCCUGCAUCUGACACCACCUACCCCACUCCUCCUAGUACUGCUCUGACACAGUCCACAACUGAAAUCACCACUGCCACCAUGGCGAUGCACACACCUGCCACUGCCACCACUCCCACGCCCACCUCCCUCUAUCAGCCCUCUACAGAAACAGCCACCACUACUGUCCCUGACCAGGUAACAACAGUCACCCUGUCCACAUCACACAGCACUCCCAGCUUCAGUUCUCCAAACACCCACUCCAUGUCCGGCACCCCCACGACAGCCCAAGGCUCACCUCCUUCCACCCCAGGUCCGUUGAUGACGAGCACAGCUGUUACUCCAUCCACUCUUAGUACACACGUGGCUACCACAACACUCACAGCUGUCACCCCCCUAUCUGUAGGCACCUCUCACUUCUUGACGAUGAAGACAGAACUCCCCACAGCACACACAGCCUCCAGUCCAUUUUCAAUGUCCACAAGUAUCGUUGAACCUUCCCCCGCAACAGAGAUAACGGAGACCUCAUCCCAUGUUAGCCCACGCCCUGCCAACACUGCCACUGUGAGCACUACUCUCACAAUUACUGCCAGCACUGAGACCAGCACCCUCUUGACUAGCUUUCCAGUGACAUCUGCAUUCUCCUCUGCCGCAUCUGCCAGCAGCACCAGGACCACUGACACAGAGAGCUUCCCCUCAGCUCCAGCCAUCACCGAUACACUCCGCACAACAGGGAAAUCCACCCUGACUCCCACCAGCAGAGACUUUCUAACCACAUCCGCAUCCACAGAACCGCCUACACCCACUCCAACUGCCACUGCAACCAACCGGAUGACUUCUCCUACCCCCAGUGACACGUCCACUGGGGAAACCACAUGGCCUCCUACCCCUGACGUUUCUACCGAAUCUCUCUCAGACACAAUGACCACUACUCCGACAGUCACUUCCUCAGUCACUCCCACGCAUUCGGUGACUUCAGGGACAAACACCACCUCUCCUCCUAGCACAACGGACGCUUUCACGUCCCUCACGAGUAGAAUUUCAUCUUCUAGACCUGUCCCGAGUACAGAAAUCGUCACCACCCGGCCCACAAACACCUCCCCUUUACCCAGCUUGAUGACCACACUGCCUACGACCAAUGCCAGGUCAAUCCCUGCGUCUGACACCACCUACCCCACUCCUCCUAGUACUGCUCUGACACAGUCCACAACUGAAAUCACCACUGCCACCAUGACAAUACACACACCUGCCACUCCCACCACUCCCACGCCCACCUCCCUCUAUCAGCCUUCUACAGAAACAGCCACCACUGCUGUCACUGACCAGGUAACUACAGUCACCCAGUCCACAUCACACAGCACUCCCAGCUUCAGUUCUCCAAACACCCACUCCAUAUCCGGCACCCCCACGACGGAGCUCAGCUCACCUCCUUCCAGCCCAGGCACCUCUCAGUUCUUCACGAUAAAGACAGACUUCCCCACAGCACACUCAGCCUCCAGUCCAUUUUCAAUGUCCACAAGUAUCGUUCCACCUUCCCCCACAACAGAGAUAACGGAGACCUCAUCCCAUGUUAGUACACGCCCUGCCAACAAUGCCACUGUGAGCACUACUCUCACAAGUACUGACAGCACGGAGACCAGCACCCUCUUGACUAGCUUUCGAGUGACAUCUGCAUUCUCCUCUUCCGCAUCUGCCAGCAGCACCAGGACCACUGACACAGAGAGCUUCCCCUCAGCUCCAGCCAUCACCGAUACUCUCCACCCAACAGGGAAAUCCACCCUGACUCCCACCAGCAGAGACUUUCUAACCCCAUCUGCAUCCGCAGAACCGCCUACACCCACUCCAACUGCCACUGCAAACAACCAGAUGACCUCUCCUAUCCCCAGUGACACGUCCACUGGGGAAACCACAUGGCCUCCUACCCCUGACGUUUCUACCGAAUCUCUCUCAGACACAAUGACCACUACUAUGACAGUCACUUCCUCCGUCACUCCCACGCCUUCAGUCACUUUGGACACAACCACCAUGUCUCCCUCCGGCACCACCUAUGUUUUCACGUCACCUCAGGAUACAAUUUCAUCUUCCACACUUGUCCCUAGUACAGAAACAGUUGCCACUGGUACCACAUACUCCACCCUUUUACCCACCACGGUGACCGCACUCACUACUACCAGUGCCAGGCCGGCCUCUACUUCUGAGACCACUUACCCCACUCCUCCUAGUACUGCUCUGACACGGUCCACAACUGAAAUCACCACUGCCACCAUGACAAUGCACACACCUGUCACUGCCACCACUCCCAUGCCCACCUCCCUCUAUCAGCCAUCUACAGAAACAGCCACCACCUCUGUCACUGACCAGGUAACAACAGUCACCCAGUCCACGUCACACAGCACUCCCAGCUUCAGUUCUCCAAACACCCACUCCAUAUCCGGAACCCCCACGACGGCCGUCAGCUCAUCUCCUUCCACCUCAGAGAUAACGGAGACCUCAUCCCAUGUUAGCACACGCCCUGCCAGCACUGCCACUGUGAGCACUACUCUCACAAGUACUGACAGCACUGAGACCAGCACCCUCUUGACUAGCUUUCCAGUGACAUCUGCAUUCUCCUCUUCCGCAUCUGCCAGCAGCACCAGGACCACUGACACAGAGAGCUUCCCCGCAGCUCCAGCCAUCACCGAUACACUCCACACAACAGGGAAAUCCACCCUGACUCCCACCAGCAGAGACUUUCUAACCACAUCCGCAUCCACAGAACUGCCUACACCCACUCCAACUGCCACUGCAACCAACCGGAUGACCUCUCCUACCCCCAGUGACACGUCCACUGGGGAAACCACAUGGCCUCCUACCCCUGACGUUUCUACCGAAUCUCUCUCAGACACAAUGACCACUACUCCGACAGUCACUUCCUCAGUCACUCCCACGCAUUCGGUGACUUCAGGGACAAACACCACCUCUCCUCCUAGCACAACCGACGCUUUCACGUCCCUCACGAGUAGAAUUUCAUCUUCUAGACCUGUCCCGAGUACAGAAAUCGUCACCACCCGGCCCACAAACACCUCCCCUUUACCCAGCUUGAUGACCACACUGCCUACGACCAGUGCCAGGUCAAUCCCUGCGUCUGACACCACCUACCCCACUCCUCCUAGUACUGCUCUGACACAGUCCACAACUGAAAUCACCACUGCCACCAUGACAAUACACACACCUGCCACUCCCACCACUCCCACGCCCACCUCCCUCUAUCAGCCUUCUACAGAAACAGCCACCACUGCUGUCACUGACCAGGUAACUACAGUCACCCAGUCCACGUCACACAGCACUCCCAGCUUCAGUUCUCCAAACACCCACUCCAUAUCCGGAACCCCCACGACGGCCGUCAGCUCAUCUCCUUCCACCUCAGGUACCUUGUUGACGAUCACAGCUGUUACUCCCCCCUCUCUUAGUACACACGUGGCUACCACAACACUCACAGCUGUCACCCCCCUAUCUGUAGGCACCUCUCACUUCUUGACAACAAAGACAGACCUCCCCACACCACACACAGCCUCCAGUCCAUUUUCAAUGACCACAAGUAUCGUUCCACCUUCCCCCGCAACAGAGAUAAUGGAGACCUCAUCCCAUGUUAGCACACGCCCUGCCAACACUGCCACUGUGAGCACUACUCUCACAAGUACUGACAGCACUGAGACCAGCACCCUCUUGACUAGCUUUCCAGUGACAUCUGCAUUCUCCUCUUCCGCAUCUGCCAGCAGCACCAGGACCACUGACACAGAGAGUUUCCCCUCAGCUCCAGCCAUCACUGAUACACUCCGCACAACAGGGAAAUCCACCCUGACUCCCACCAGCAGAGACUUUCUAACCACAUCCGCAUCCACAGAACCGCCUACACCCACUCCAACUGCCACUGCAACCAACCGGAUGACCUCUCCUACCCCCAGUGACACGUCCACUGGGGAAACCACAUGGCCUGCUACCUCUGACGUUUCUACCGAAUCUCUCUCAGACACAAUGUCCACUACUCCGACAGUCACUUCCUCAGUCACUCCCACGCAUUCGGUGACUUCAGGGACAAACACCACCUCUCCUCCUAGCACCACCGACGCUUUCACAUCCCUCACGAGUAGAAUUUCAUCUUCUAGACCUGUCCCGAGUACAGAAAUCGUCACCACCGGGACCACAAACACCUCCCCUUUACCCAGCUUGAUGACCACACUGCCUACGACCAGUGCCAGGUCUAUCCCUGCGUCUGACACCACCUACCCCACUCCUCCUAGUACUGCUCUGACACAGUCCACAACUGAAAUCACCACUGCCACCAUGACAAUACACACACCUGCCACUCCCACCACUCCCACGCCCACCUCCCUCUAUCAGCCCUCUACAGAAACAGCCACCACUUCUGUCACUGACCAGGUAACAACAGUCACCCUGUCCACAUCACACAGCACUCCCAGCUUCAGUUCUCCAAACACCCACUCCAUAUCCGGCACCCCCACGACGGCGCUCAGCUCACCUCCUUCCAGCCCAGGCACCUCUCAGUUCUUGACAACGAAGACAGACCUCCCCACAGCACACACUGCUUCCAGUAUUUUAGCUACCUCCACAAAUGUCGUUCCACCUUCCUCCACCAUGCAGAAUACAGUCACUGCAGUGGGUACAUCUACCAAUGCAGUCACUACCUCCUUCAGUACUGUCCUGUUGACUUCAACACCGACAACAAUCAUGUCAUCUUCUCUGUCUCCCAGCAGCCGAAUUCCUUCACUCACUCGUACCACUGCCACUCUUCCGUCCUCCCCACAUACCUCCAGUACAGAAAACAUUGUCUCCUCUUUUAUUCCCUCUUUUCCUACUCGCUCUUGGUCUCCCACUGCAAGAACUUCUCCUAGCACCUCCAUCCCAUCCACAACUCUUACUCAAACGACGCCAAUUUUUUCCAUUUCCCCUUCUUCUACUACCCCGUGUCCAAAAACUACAACAAUUACUGUUGUCUCAACCUCUACUGUUGAUCCAUGUAUUGAAUUGGAUCCCAGCUUUGAUCGUAGUUCUACUCCCAUUACCCCAUCAUCAGUCCUUCCCUCUACUACUGCAAUGGUCACCUUUCCUAGUUCCACCAGUAUGAGAACCGUCCCUCCUACAUAUGUGGACACUUUUACUUCCAUGAGUCUGGACAGUGAGCCCACCAACAUCAUAACUGAUGCCCCUAGUUCUCCCGAUGCUGGAACCGUACCCUGGAACACAGGUUGGACAAGCACCCCAGUGCCCACCAGUGAGAAAUGGCUGAGCACCAAGUCUGUAACUACCCCACAUUUGCCUGGCUUCACUAGUCUCCCACUCACCAUGAAACCAAGCAGCAGUCUUCCAACUGCCUUGAUGACUUCAAGCAAGUUGACAUAUCCCACCCCACCCACCACCCAGACUUCAAAGACACCGGUGGCUACUACCCAGACUCCCACCACCAGUACGUCACCCAGGACAACAUCGACCACUACUCAGAUGACUACACAGUCAACCACCACCCAAGGCACCUGCGACAAUGGAGGCACCUGGGAACAGGGCCAGUGCGUUUGCCCCCCAGGGUUCUCUGGGAACCUCUGUCAGGACCAGGAGACCCAAUGCCAGAAUGGGGGAACGUGGGAUGGCCUCAAGUGCCAGUGCCUCAGCACCUUCUACGGCUCCCACUGUGAAUAUGCCAUGGAAGAAAUACAAGUAGACACAGUGGAGGCCGAAGUGAGCAUGGAGGUGUCCAUUGAUGAGACGUUUUCCUCAGAACUCAAUGACACCACUUCAGAGGUCUACAAGAAAUUCAGCAGCAUCUUCCUGGAUCAGAUGAGGAAGAUUUACCAAAACGUGCAGGGGUUCAAGGAUGUGGAGAUCCUGUCCCUGAGGAAUGGCAGCAUCGUGGUGGACUAUCUGGUCCUGCUGGAGUUGCCCUUCAGCCUCUCCCUGGUGGAUGAGUAUGAGGAUGUGAAGACAGACCUGUAUGAGAAGCUCUACAAUGCCAGCCUGGUUGAGUACAGCUGCCAGAAUAACCAGACGCUGUGCUUUAUGUACGACUCCAUCAAGGUGAACAACAACACCACGACAGAUCUGACUGUGGAAGCCAUCUGCCGCCGUGCCGCUCCCGAGGGCUACGAGGAGUUCUACUUCCCCUUGGUGACGGACGAGAGCCUCCUCUGCGUCACCAAGUGCACGGUGGGCGUAGAAAACGCCCUUGACUGUCACCAGGGCCAGUGCCUACUGGAGAGGAGUGGUCCCACUUGUCGCUGCUUCUUCACCGACACGCACUGGUUCUUGGGCGCGCGCUGCGAGGUGGCCAUCCACUGGAGGGCGCUGGUCGGCGGCCUGGCGGCGGCCGCGGCGCUGCUCCUGCUGCUGGUGCUCGCCUUGGUGGCGCGCUCCCGGAGGAGGAGCGGCCAGCUCGGAGGCCGGUCCUGGGACGAGGACGGGAAAUGGGUUGAGGUCUGCGAUGAGAGCAUCGUGGGGACUUUUUCAAACAUGGGCUUCGAGGACUACGGAACAGCCAAGUAUGAAAACUUUGAAAACUUCUCUGUGAACCUGGAGAACGUGGACACCACUGUGAAGGGGCACAUCCAGAGACCUGAGAUAUCCUUCUCCUGGCUGUGA